AUGUCACCCAGCAAUAAUACAGGUUCCAGUCAGCCCGCCAGGAGUGAACGAGGUGCAAAAAAAAGAGCUAUGGAGAAUGCAGUCUGGAUGACUACAAGACCACAGCGGCAGCGCCCAGCUCCAGAAAAGCCCACUGUGAUGAAGAAAACAACUGCACAAAGGAAAGCUCACGUGUCUGUAACCAAGCAUGGCCGCCACGAUGGUGGUGUAGCACAAGUUACUAGUAGUCGGCCCGAUACCCCAGAUGAGAUCCUAGGGCUUGCAGCUAAAAAGUGUCGAGUCGUGGGUGAAACAUCUAAAGGAAAAGCAAAUACUAAGAAGCACCGAGUCACCGAACCAUAUGCAGAUUCCGAUAUCGAUGUCGAUAUCGAUGAAGGCCUCAUGAGCACUGUCAAGCACACGCAAAAGAAAGGAAAAGAAAAGGAACUAUGGUCACACACCUCCCAACCAAUCGACAAUGAAUUUUCAAGCGACGAACCUGUCGAUGAGAUCUCUGAUUCUCGACCUAGUCACAAUGACUCGGAGAAGGACAGCGAGGAGGAGGAAAUUGAAGACAACUUGGAGGAGCCCAAGUCCUUAUCAGCCAAAACACCAGUGUUUGUUUCGAGGUCAAAGGCAGAACAGACUGACCUCCCUUUGACCCAACCCACCUGGCCUCGUACAACUACCUCGAAGGAGCUGAUGCAGGUGGCUCAACCAUUCCCCUUUCCGUCGGCUCAACCAAGGGCUACCAAGAAAACAAAAUCUAAGUCUGCGCGUGAUCGUAAACGAGCAGAUGAGACACCUGUUUGGGCAGAUACUCAAGUCGUCGUGUCAGAUGAGGAACAUGAGCCCAUCAUGGUGUUAGACGACUCCGAGGAGGACAACCCAGAUCACUCUAGAAGGCCCACACUUGUAUGGACAGACACUGAUAUUGACACCCGUCGUGUGGUCCAAAGAGCGAUCUUGGAGGCAAAAGUUCACUUGACAUUUGUCAACGGCUAUCCGGAGCUCACCGAGAAGAGCCUGUUUACGCGGGACGCACUCUUAACAGCAGCUCGCGCCUGCAGUGUCCUGCCCAUCAAGGAUCGCCUCAAGUCUGAUGACUCGUAUGUGACAGCUCUCGCCACGCUGAUUGAAGCCCGAGUGCCACUUUUCCGCACUGAAUUAAAAGACGACGCUUGUGCUCAAGUGACGUCAUACUAUCGUCUUGGCCCUGAUUGUGUCGACACUGCGAAGGCUUUGCUGGUCAACCACGUCUACCAUUAUGAACAGCAUUUCAAUGAGAAGAACGACCCCAUUCCACAGCCAAAAAAGCCAUACUUCGCUGAUAUCUUACCAUAUCUAAUGAAGGGGCGCUACUUCAAUGGGCUAAAGUCAGUUGGCAUGAAAUUUUCAGACCGUUUCAAGGAGAUUGCGCAAAACAAGGCCCAGCGGCCCGAAGUUACAAUUCCAAUGGUCGCCUUAACGAGUACUUCGGUGUAUGCUGCACUCUUCUGGAAGGCUAAUGGAUCUCCAUCGAAAUUCAAUUUUACUGGCAAUCUAUUCAGCGAGGUCUACUUUUUUCAUGUGAAAUUUCUUGAAGACAUGAAGGUGACAGCGCCGCGCAAGUUUCACAAGAUGAUGGCUGACAUUUUCGAGGCUAUCCAGAACCGUCAAAAUAAGAUCCUUGAUGACUUGAGUAAGAUCUGGUGGGGCAGUAAAAAAGGAUUCGCUGACAGACAGACUUCAAUCGGGGUCGGUCUACUGCCGAUGCCUCUUGUGUGGUCUGCCAUUAUGACCAUGCUGGCCACAGUGGAUAUUUCUUCUGCCAAAGACGACCAGGGUAAAUUAAUCGACUUCACCCGAAGUUCGCGGCGAGAGUGGUUCGGUGCUUGGCUUCCCCAUGUCAUUCUAUCCCCCAGAGGAGGAGUAAUCGAUCAGGUACUUCCUGCUAGUGUACACCAGGCUAGCACUAAGCAGAUGCGACAAAAGAAACGUGUCAUUUGGGCUUCGGUCACCUCUGUCUCACUGUCGUGUCGAGGGUUCUGCGACGUCUCGGUGAUAGUGUGCCCGACGGCGGUGCACUGCCGACUGGAGCCAGCAACGACCAUCAUCCUCACCGCAAACCUUGCGUAA